CAGUAAGUCAGACACCUCGGUAGCUUGCUAGGCAAAAUAUACGAACCAAUAAAGCUCUUUAGACGGGUUAGUGUAUAUUAGCCACUGUGUUUUAAACCCCCUUCUGUCGUCUAGUUUGUUAUCCGAUUUAAUUUCAUAUUUAUGCUGUUGUUAUUAGUCAGCUAUAGUAGCGGGCUGGUUAAGUUAACAUUAGCCUAGCUAGCUAACAUCUCCGACCAUGAGUUCACUAAACUACUCACCUCCUGAUAAAGAAGAGGAGGUCUGCUGGACGGAGGAAGAGGGUCUCGUGAAAGAGGAAGAGGAGGCUGUUACAAUACAAAAACGAGUAGAUGGUGAGGCUGUUUCAGUGAAAGAAGAGGAAGACACGUUCAGAGUGAAAGAGGAGGAUGUUACAGUAAAAGAAGAGGAGGAAGAGAAAGAGGAGGAUACAGUUUUUGGAGUGAAAGAGGAGGAGGGGGAGAUGACUGUUACAUCGAAAAAGGAGGAGGAAGAAGAGGAGGACACUGGAUAUCUGGGCCCGGUUCCCCAAAGCCAUCUUAAGGCAUCCAUUAUUGAUGAUGAAGUUAGCCGUGAAAUGGUUUUGAAAAUCCGUUCCCUGAUUAACACUACCGUAGCCCUGCAGCUCCCCCCAUCGCUCCCUCGGUCUCCAACUGACCAAGUCCCGACCCUGGUUCCUGCCCUGGUUUCUGCCCCGGUUCCUGCCCCACAGGGGUGGAGCGAAGAGGAGGAUUUGCCCCGGCAGUCCUUCCUGCCUCCAAGGCCCGCCUCCGAAAGUGCUGAGCUGCUGCUUCCAGAGAGUUGGCGUUCAUCUCUCACCAAGGAGCAGCAGCGGUGGAUCGGCCGCACACUGUUGACCAGGAACAGCUUUAGGAGGUCGACACUCGCCACUGACCUGGUCACGUGGUGGACGCCUCCCCAACCGCGGCCGAUCUACAAUCAUCCGCCCGCAUCCCCCGACCCCUUCUUCGCAUGUCAGCUGUCAUAACCCUCCCCAACCACAGCCGAUCUACAAUCAUCCGCCCGCAUCCCCCGAGCCCUUCUUCACAUGUCAGCUGUCAUAACCCUCCCCAACCACAGCCGAUCUACAAUCAUCCGCCCGCAUCCCCCGAGCCCUUCUUCACGUCAGCUGUCAUAACCCUCCCCAACCACAGCCGAUCUACAAUCAUCCGCCCGCAUCCCCCGAGCCCUUCUUCACAUGUCAGCUAUCAUAACACUCCCCAACCACAGCCGAUCUACAAUCAGCCACCCGCAUCCCCCGAGCCCUUCUUCACAUGUCAGCUGUCAUAACCCUCCCCAACCACAGCCGAUCUACAAUCAGCCACCCGCAUCCCCCGAGCCCUUCUUCGCAUGUCAGCUGUCAUAACCCUCCCCAACCACAGCCGAUCUACAAUCAUCCGCCUGCAUCCCCCGAGCCCUUGUUCACAUGUCAGCUGUCAUAACCCUCCCCAACCACAGCCGAUCUACAAUCAUCCGCCCGCAUCCCCCGAGCCCUUCUUCAUGUCAGCUAUCAUAACCCUCCCCAACCACAGCCGAUCUACAAUCAGCCACCCGCAUCCCCCGACCCCUUCUUCGCAUGUCAGCUGUCAUAACCCUCCCCAACCACAGCCGAUCUACAAUCAGCCACCUGCAUCCCCCGAGCCCUUCUGCACAUGUCAGCUGUCAUAACCCUCCCCAACCACAGCCGAUCUACAAUCAGCCACCUGCAUCCCCCGAGCCCUUCUUCACAUGUCAGCUGUUCCUUUGGAUGCCUGUACGUAUAUGGGCAUACAGGCUGGCAUGCCCCCAGUCUGGGUGCAGAGGCACACUCUGUGAGGCUGGGCUCUACAAGACCAUCCGGAGGGUCUUGGACAUCGACCGCUGGUAUCUCAUGGCCACUGAGUACCUGGAAUGCGGUCGGUGUAAGAAGAAGAUCGCGAGGUGGUCACGGGACCUUGUCAGUCAGCUGGACGCUCGGCAUCGCUGCCAGUUUCCAGCAAUAUUGACAUACAAGCUGUCCUGUGACCUGCGGGUCGUGAGGAUGCUGAGGACGCACCCUUUGGGGAACAGUGUGUCACAGACCUACAGAAAGCUGUGCGAAAGUCACAGCGAGUCCUGGAUGCGGAGUUGUAUACGGUACCUCGGGGAGUGCGAGCAGUUUCUGGCCUUGGGCACUGGGCGGCAGUUCACCGAUCCGCCGGAGAUGUGAUGGUCGGAUGUUUUUAUUGUAAAUAGUUCCCUGUUCCCCUCUACCUGGACCGAGACCUUGAACGCGCGGUGUAGAGGCUUGUGUGUGUUGAGGACCCUCAGAGCUAUAUUGUCUGUAGUUUAUAAGACCUACUGGUAGGGUAACCCAUGGUAGGCAGGUCUGAGGCGAGACACCAGACUAACGUCGGUCCGUUCCCAAGCAACAUGCACAUUUUAUGAGUACUCUGUCAUAACCGGCCACGACCUGGAGGUCCGUGGGGCGAUGCACAAUUGGCCUAGCGUCGUCCGGGUUAGGGCCGGGUUAGGGCCAGGCGCAGUGCGCGCUAACCAAGGUUGCCAGGUG